AUGAAGGUUACAUCCAUCCUCUCCUUGGCCGUCGCCCUGUUCGUCGUGUCUGCCCAAGCCGCCCCCUCCUCUUCCUCCACCACCUCGGUCCACAAGGCCACCACCACCACCAAAGCCAAGGCCAUCACCACCACCAAAGCUAAGACCACCACUACCAAAGCUAAGGCCACCACUACCAAAGCUAAGGCCACCACCACCAAGGCUAAGGCUACCACCACCAAGGCUAAGGCUACCACCACCAAGGCUAAGACUACCACCACCAAAGCUAAGGUUACUACCACCAAAGCUAAGGCUACUACCACCACUGCCAAAGCCAAGACUACCACCACCACCACCACCACGGCUGCAGCCAAGCCUACAACCCCUGCUCCUAAGCCCAAGGACCCCUGCAGCACCUUGGCCAAAGAGGGCGACGCCGCCACGGGCUUCUUGUCCUACAAUGCUGUCCGCGACUGCUACAAUGCUCAAUCCUACAAGGCCGAUAUUGCGGCCAAGACUCUGACAUCUGUUGAGAACUUGCUUGGAAACGUUUAUGUCUUCCUUGACCAGGCCAAGGAGGCUUCCAAGGCUCCGUUCAAGACUCCCCAGGUUGAUUUGAUGGAUGGGUUGAAGAAGAUCAAGGCGACAAAGUACAAGUCUGAUUAUGAUUUUAAUAUGGCAUUGACUUAUUUGACCUUCUCGGCGAAUGAUGGGCACCUUGCUUACAGGAACGACUGCUACAGCGUUGCGACAUUCACCCAGCCCAUCUCUCUCUACGCGCCCGUGACCAAGGGCGUCCAAUCCGUCCAGGUCUUCUACGCCGACACGACCAACAAGAACGUCCCCAAGAAUCUUGUCGACUGUGUCGUUACCACCAUCGACGGCAAGCCCGCCCUCCAGGCUAUCCAGGAGUUCACCGACCGCACCUCGGCCAUCUCCAAGGACCCCGGUGUCCGUCUUAACGAUGCCCUUGCCUCCACGGCCUGGUACAAUGACUGGCAGGUCUCCCCCGGUGGAUUCUCUCGUCGUUGGGAGGUUCCUGCCAAGGCCUCGAUGGAUUAUACCUUCCAGUGUGGAACUGCCGCCCCUCAGAAGGUUACUAUCCCUUGGAUUGUUACUCCCUCGAGCCACUUUGAGGCUGGUACUUUCAAGGAUACCAAGACCUACUGGGAGACUCAGUGCUUGGCACCCCUGUCGCCUUAUGACAAUGGUCGUCCCGACGAUCAUUCCUCCAACGACUUGCGUCAACGUAUCAAUGUCGCCCCCGCCACUACCCUCUACCGCGAGCGUGGUCAUAUCCAGUUCGGAUCCGGAAACCGUAACGGCCGCGACGGCGCCGAGGGUCCCAAGGUGAUCACCCAGGCGACCGAGGUUGCGACCACCACCAGCACAGCCUUCUACACCCUCAACAAGAACAAGAACGUCUGUGUUGCCGUCAUUGCUACCGAGGAGGUUGGAUACUUUGAGUUUGACCCCUCAGACUACACCCAGUUCAUCGACGGACUCCAAAAGCUCAAGAAGUCUGGAUGCAAGAAGCUGAUCCUUGACAUGACCAACAACGGUGGUGGAUCCGUCGAUUUCGCCUACUUUGUCAACGCCGUCUUCUUCCCCAAGGACAAGGCCUACUUUGUCCAGGACCUCCGCUCGAGCACCUUGGCCCAGGAAGCCGCCAAGCUCGCCAUCAAGCAAGCCACCGCCAGGUCGACCUUUGACGCCCGCGGUUACGCCUCGACCGUCACCGGCAAGGCCUUCAAGGACGCAAGCAUGUUCACUAAGGGCAUCAACCAGAAGCGCGGCGGAUCCACCCAAACCUACACCCAGAAGUCCUUCUUCGAACACGCCUGGCCCUUCCUUCCCCUCGCCAGCAAAGACCUCCUCCCCUGGAAGGCCUCCGACAUGGCCAUCGUCACCAACGGCUUCUGUGGGUCCGCUUGUACUAUGAUCGCCACUCGCUUCAACAUUGCUCACAAGGUCAAGACCUACGCCAUCGGAGGCAUCCACAAGACCCCCCUGUCCUACUUCUCGUUCCCCGGUGGAUUCGUCAUGGACAACUACUCGAUCGUCCGCGAUUUGCGUCUGGUCGGGUACAAGGGCGGCAAGACUACUCCUAUCUCGUUGCCCCUCAAGGCUGCGACUAACGUUGCAGUUGGCGAGAUCUACGCCACCGAGAACAGUACUGUCCCCCUGGAAUAUGACACAAAGUACUUUGCGGCUUCUGUUCAUCUCGAUCAGGACUCUGUCUCGGCCAGACACCCUGACCAGACGUGGGUCAAGAUCGCUGCCGACUUUAAGUAG